GAGUUGACCUCCUGUCCUCUUGUGGAUCUUUGUAGUUGUCUUUACUUCCUAGACACCUCAGCACGGAUCUCCUGGUGAUGGUUCCGUUUGCUCCUCUGCUCCGGUCAGUUCAGUACCACGGAUCCGCCGUCUUGUCCCGCUUCCCACCAAGCAUCAGGGCGGGAGCCCCACUGGAUUGGACCUUUAGCGGGUUGUAGCUGGGGGGUCCAACGGAGCGUUCGGUGCUCGGGCAGCGGGGUGAAGGCUCGGUCCGGACGGAGGCAGACAGGGCAGCAUGGCCGCGGAGAGCCACACCAAGACAGGGGGAGAAAUAGCGACGAGCCGGACCCAGAGUGAAGCCAACAGGAAGCUAAAGUACAUCAGUCUGGCCGUGCUUGUGGUCCAGAACGCAUCGCUCAUCCUCAGCAUCCGAUACGUCCGCACGUUGCCAGGCGACCGCUUCUUCACCACAUCAGCCGUGGUGAUGGCCGAGAUUCUGAAGGUUUUGACGUGUCUGCUCAUCAUCCUACUACAGAAGAGAUUCAACCUGAAGGAGACGGCGGGCUUCCUGCUCGACUCUGUGGUUCUUCAGUACAAAGACACGCUGAAGCUGGCGGUUCCGUCGCUCAUCUACACGCUGCAGAACAACCUGCAGUACGUCGCCAUCUCCAACCUGCCGGCCGCCACCUUCCAGGUGACCUACCAGCUGAAGAUCCUCACCACAGCACUCUUCAGCGUCCUGAUGCUCAGGAAGUCCUUGUCCAGAGUCCAGUGGGUCUCGCUGCUGCUGCUGUUCGCUGGUGUUGCCAUAGUCCAGGUGCAGCAGGAGGGGAACAAGGAGGCGUCGGUGGCGAAUGCCUCCAACCAGAACUACACCGUGGGUUUAGUCGCCGUGGUGGUCAGCUGUCUCUCAUCGGGAUUCGCCGGCGUUUACUUUGAAAAGAUCCUGAAGGGAAGCUCCGCCUCUGUAUGGAUGAGGAACGUUCAGCUGGGGAUUUUUGGCACGGCGCUCGGCCUGCUGGGAAUGUGGUGGAACGACGGCGCCGCCAUUGCUAAGCGUGGUUUCCUGUUUGGCUACACCAACAUGGUGUGGUGCGUCAUCUUCAACCAGGCCUUCGGCGGGCUGCUGGUGGCCGUGGUGGUAAAGUACGCCGACAACAUCCUGAAAGGUUUCGCCACCUCCUUCUCCAUCAUCGUCUCCACGGUGACGUCCAUCUACCUGUUUGGCUUCCACGUGGACUUGCUCUUCACAGCGGGGGCGGGGCUUGUGAUCGGCGCCGUCUACAUGUACAGCCUCCCCAAAGCGCCUGGCGGCUCUCUGGGUCAUGGCCUCUCCUCAUCUUCCUCGGCAUCUCCGUCGCCACCAAGGACGGAAGGGGGCGCCGAGAUGGAGGCGUUUCUGCCAAAGUGUGCAGGUAAAGAAAAGGGAUCCUGAGAUGGAGAACUUCCACUUCCUGCUGAGGUCCAAACCUUUCACAAUAAGAUGCCAAACAGCUUCCCUCCUCUACCUCCUGCAACUCUGACUGAAGACUACGUCUGAUUGGUUCUUCGUUUGUGAUGAAGCACUAACACAAGUUAACGCUCCACAUUUUUACACUCCUUUGCCCCCACGUUGGUUCUGACUGAGCCAGUGAGCAGCUGUGAGCUUGAAUGAAUAAAUGUAUAAAAACACAUUUUAAUGAGAGAUUUAUGAAGUAAUUCAGAUGUUUAAGUAUCAGAUUUUAUUUAAAGACUGAAGAACGAUCACUCAUGUUUACAAAGUUUUAUUCACAGAUUAGUUAAAAAUGUUCAUUCGUGCCUUUCGAGUCUGCCGCAGACUGGUUCUGGGUCCUUCCAGAACCUGCAGGUCCAAGCAGCCCUCUGAGAAGACGGACCGAGAGGCUGUCCUGUUGUUGUUCACAUUAAACUCAACAGUAUUAAUAAAUAACCUGAUAAGCUUCA